AUGCUAGAAAAGUUACGGGGCCGUCUUCAUCUACCUUGGUAUUUCUACCACCGUCAACGCCUUGUUAGAGAGCCUACAUCACGCAAAGCAGAUUAUUUUGAGUUACAAGACCAAGAACAGCAUUUCGUCCAAGCCGAUUCACCAAUUAUUAUGAGGUCUGAACCACAGUUUAUAGAAGGAGCCCACGAGUACUUUUUACACAAGCCACUGAAUCCAACAACAUCACUCUAUGUUAUACAAUCUCCAUCAACCCGAUGGGAAAUUAUUAGUUCAAGUACAGUCUUCAAGACCACCGAAAAUCCGAAGUCUGUGAAGCUGGAGAGGUUAUGGGUAUCUGCUGACGAAAAGUCCUUCUUGGGGUCCGUCGCAGUAGCCAAUCUCGCAGACGAGAAAUCAGUCACUUGCAGGUUUACCUUUGAUCAUUGGGAAACAAUUUCUGAAGUUCAUGCCCACUACGCCCAUGGCUUGCCAGGUACAAAUACUCAAAAUGAGUUUGACUGUUUCUUGUUUACGCUGGAGCUCCCAGAUGUGGCUCUGGUUGAUGCUGGAAUCAAGACGUUCCACUGCUGCAUCCGAUACGUCGCCAACGACCAAGAGUUCUGGGACGACAAUAAUAGCCUCAAUUAUCAAGUUAGCUUCAGAAGGAAAUAA